CCUCACUCGAAUCAAUAAAUCCGAACUCUCCCACUGGAUACACGUUGCCAAGACGUCGAAGAAUUGGUCCACCACUUGAUUGUAGAAUGUCUGCACUAUCUGAGAGAGACACCCCCCUCCAUUGCGCAUUGGGACGCGAAGCCUCAUUCAUACCCCACCUCAUCACCGACUCCAAAGCUGUCCCUCAUCUAGGUUAACACCACACCUCGCUUCAAGACCACAUUUGGUGAGGUACUAUUAUCUAGAAAUGAAAGAACUGACUCGCAUCAGCAUAGACGCCGCCAUCGACAUAACGACAUAAACAUAUUAAUAUUUAUACAUCAAGAUAUCAGAUAUAACCCUCACAUGACCACGCUACGAUCUAACCCCAAUAUCUCGCCUACACGGAAUCUCGACCACCACGAGGAUACAAGCAGAGUGGAAGAACAGACACGUCAACUCACCAACAAAUUCUUCCCAAUACUAAGUGUUUCAUUAGAUUCCUGUAACACUCCGCGGAAGCGGACAAGAAACACGUCCUAUCACUUAUUCGUUCGCGGGAAAUAUUUCAGCCUACGCGGCAAAGUCUGCUUGAAGUUAGCGCCCGACAUGGGUAGAGGGUGCCCGGAUGCCUUGGUAGAACCCGCGUGGGUCGGGUACGGUGGGUGCGGGUCGGCUGGGUACCAGCACCCGGGCAUAUAA